GGCAGAUGUCGGAGACGCGGAACGAGCUAGCGCGGCGGCGCUGCCCGCGCCUUCCCUUAUCAUCUUAUCAGCCCUUAUCACUUAUCACUCAUCGCGAAUCCGAUCGAGUUACAGUUGAUUCACGCACGUGCAAAUAUCCGAUACACAUGUAAUUUUAAUUAAACCCGAUCAUGUACAAUAAAGUGUUAUUGUUAGUGUGUUUUAUUAUUGGAUAUGUUCACGGCCAAGUGAUACAACAGCAGGAUCUAAUAAACAAGCUGGUUUGCAUCCAGCAUGAGGAGUGUGGACCGUGCCUUUCCGCCGCGUCGCAUUGCCGCUGGUGCGCCGACCCUUACUACCCAGCCACUGCUCCACGCUGCAAUGAUGAUGAGAGCUUAGUCGCCUUCGGAUGUGGACAAGGUAUGAUACAACGGCCAGAGAAGUCGGUGUGGCAGGUGUCAGACAAUCGCAGCCUCCAAGAUAUGUUGCCAGACAGUCUGGAGGCUGUACAGAUCCAACCGCAGAGGAUAAAGCUUUCUUUAAAACCACGUGAAACAAGAAAAAUCCAGUUUCAAUACCGUCCAGCGAGAAAUUAUCCGUUAGAUCUGUACUACUUGAUGGAUCUCACGUGGUCGAUGAAGGACGACAAGGAGACGCUCGUGUCUUUGAGGGACGAUCUUCCUGAAAUGCUGAAAAACUUGACUGAUAAUUUUAGAUUAGGAUUUGGAAGUUUUGCCGAGAAGCCUGUUAUGCCUUUUAUAAGUGUAGACCCGGGGCGUAGGGCCAACCCCUGCACUGUUGAGGAAGAAGAUUGCGAGGCUACCUACAGCUACAAACAUCAUCUAUCCCUUACUAAUACGGUGAAUGCAUUCAUAGAGAGUGUAAACAGCAGUUCUGUGACGGCAAAUUUGGAUAACGCGGAGGCGCAAUUAGAUGCGCUUGUUCAAGCGAUCACUUGCGGCAGCCGGAUUGGCUGGGCUGCGCGGAGCCGGAAAAUUAUCAUUUUAUUGUCUGACGGAUUGCUGCAUACCGCUGGCGAUGGAAAAUUAGGCGGCGCUUCCCUGAAAAACGAUGAAACAUGCCAUUUAGACGAAAACGGGUAUUAUUCUGAAGCCGCUAAAUACGACUAUCCCUCCAUAGCACAAGUUUACCGACUCUUAGAUAAGUAUAAGGUUAACGUUAUUUUCGCAGUCACGGAAAGUGUAAAAGACCACUACGAUAGCUUACACCAACUCCUAAGCGAUUUCACGUACAUCGCUAAAUUGGAAAGCGACAGUUCUAACAUUUUGAAGUUAGUAAAAACGGGUUACGAAGACAUUGUGAGUGUCGUGGAUUUCGAAGACGAUGCCAGUUCGGGCCCUGUGAAGGUUAAGUACUUUACCGAUUGUGGAGUGAAAGGUGGCAUGUUGAUUGAAGCGAGGCGCUGCUCCGGCGUCGAGUACGGCAUGACUCUUAAUUACGAGGCUCACGUUACGCUGGAUUCCUGUCCCGAAUUUAAAAAGUCGCACCAAACAAUCACGAUAUCUGAAAGUCAGUUGGGCCAGGAUUCCUUGACCCUGGAGGUGGAUAUACAAUGCGGGUGCAACUGCGAGAGUGAUCUGAUAAAGGACAUGUCGUUGACGUGCCCUACACACUCUCACCUUGUUUGUGGUGUUUGCCAGUGUAAUAAAGGAUGGUCUGGGCCAAAAUGUGAUUGCUCCAUAGAAGAUGAUGCAGCGUCUGUAGCGCUGCUGUCUCAAUGCCGAGAGCCCAACUCCACCCGCCUGAUGACCUGCUCCGGCGCAGGGGACUGCUUGUGCGGGAAAUGCGAGUGUGAUCGCGGCUUUAGUGGCAAGUUCUGCCAGUGUAAAGAUUGUGAGAUUAGUGGAAUGAACGGCAUGGAGUGCGGCGGCGUGGAGCACGGCGUGUGCGUGUGCGGGCAGUGCGCAUGCGAGCCGGGCUGGAGUGGCGCCGCGUGCGACUGCACAACUGAUGUCAGCGCCUGCGCGCCGCCCACGGGCGAGGUGUGCUCGGGCCAUGGGGACUGUGUGUGUGGUCGUUGCGAAUGUUCCGCAUCAGCAGACGGUAUGAAAUACUCGGGCAUGUUCUGCGAAAUGUGCGCCACGUGCGAGAACCCGCUGUGCGCGAACGCAGAGCCGUGCGUGCUCUGCCAUUUGAACAACAACUGCACUGAGUCGUGCAGCAUUGCGGGCGUUAAUUAUACUGUUAGCGAGAGGUUACAUGAUGCUACCGAGAAAUCCUUCGAUAUCCCCUGCAUCUUGCGGCGUUUGGAGGACGGGCUUGAAUGUGAAUACAGAUACACCUACAACGCAGCAGUACAAUCUAUGAUAUCCAUGGAAAUCGUCAUCAGAUCAAAAGAAUGUUCCCAACCAACCACCGCCAAGAUCAUGACAAGUGCGAUUAUAACAAUGGCGUGUGUUAUUCUCGGCGGAAUAAUAAUCAUUUUAGGCGUAAAGAGCGCUCAAAUAGUCUCAGAUAGACGAGCGUAUGCUAAGUUCUUACAGGAAGCGCAAGAGAGCAGAAAGAAUAUGCAAGAAUUGAAUCCAUUGUACAUAUCGCCCAUUUCUGAGUUCACGUUACCUGAGUCCUAUCCGAGAGAUAGAAAUGAUUGAAUUUAGAUCGAUAAGUAGUUAAUUUAUUAACUUUUAAUACACUACAAUAUAAAGCUACUUUAAACGUCAGUUAAUCAGUUGAUAAUAUACAUAACAAAGUGAAGAAAAUGUAGUUGCUCCCUAGAAUUUCUGUACUUAUCUAAAGAAUAAGAUCGCCCAUCAAAAAAAUUCAGUAAAUUUUUCAUUAAGCAUUUUUCUCGUCGUAAUGGCUGUAUUUAAUAUAU